ACGAAAGCACGCGCGAUCUGUCUCGGUCUUCUGUUCCCAGCAUGGUCCUGCGCAAACCCCCAUGGCUCUUCAUCCGAGUUGCCCUAUUCUCCCACGUGGGAUGCAGGCCAGGCAGGCUCGUACCCAACCACCCUCUCGCCCUGCCUUUGGACGGUCCGGAGAGCAUAAAUAGCCGGCCGCGAAUAGCCUGCUUUCAUCACCACCACUCCUGCACCUUCCAUCCCAGCAAUGAACAGCCCGGUCGUCUGCUCUGCCGCGCUCCUCCUGGUCAUUGCCAGGCUGGCUGCUGCCAUCUCUUACACCAUCACCAACCCUCUGCCCUGCAUUCGCCCCGGCGAUCUCAUCAAGGUUUCUUGGACUGGCUCCUCCUCGGUCAAUUCCCUGGAUUGGAUCGGCAUCUACGCCGAUGGCCGCUGCACCAACGCCGUUGGUGGUUCUUGCCCCAGCGGCUCUAAUGCUUGGCAGCGAGUUGUCUUGACCUCGCCCAACACCGCCAAGAACGGCAUCGUCACGGUCGCUGCCCCGGCUGCCGGUACUUACCGCGCGUACUAUCUGCUGAACGAUCAGUACCAGAUCGGUGCCUUCUCUGCCGCCUUCAAGGUCGAUCCCUCGUGCCCUGCGUCAUACACCCUCGGUAGCGUCCCUGCGUGCAUCGCUCCCCAGACUGCCAUCAGCGUUCCCUGGUCCACUCAAGCCCCCGCUGGCUCUAUGGACUGGAUUGGUCUCUACAAGUCCGGCCGCUGCUCCACCACCUGCCCCUCGGGCUCGGACGCCUGGGCCCGUAUCAGCACGGCCAGCCCCAACAAUGCCACCCAGGGUGUCCUCAACAUUGUCGUUCCUGCCGAAACCAACCCUCCCUCGUCCUACAUGGCCUACUACCUGAUCAACGAUCUAUACACCAUCGGCGCCGUUUCGGAGUCGUUUACUGUCUCCUCGUCCUGCACCCCCAUCACUCCUGUGACCCUCACCACUACCGUCAGCUCUGUUGUUGCCGGCGGUUUCCUUACAAUCUCCUGGAGUGGCGCCAAUGUGAACGACGCUGAUGAUCGUAUCAUGUUCACCUCCAGCGGCGUUCCUUCUAGCACCAACUUCCUUGAUGAUGCUUGGCAGUACACCUAUGGCGACCAGACUGCCACCGGCGCCCACCCUCCCGCCAGCGGCUCUGUCUCCAUUAAGGCCCCCGCCACCCCUGGUGUCUACACUGCCUACUACUGUAUCAACAACGGAUUCCGGUGCAUUGGUUCCGUCAACGUCACUGUCACUGCCCCCAACGUCCAGUGCCGUGCCAGCGGCCAGACUGCCUCGUCCAUCAAGAAUCUUAUCGUUGUCAUCUCCGAGAACCACUCCUUCGACAGCUACUACGGCCACUACUGCCAGGCUCCCGCCGGCAGCAAUCCUUCCUGCAACACCGGCCGAAGCUGCUGCGCUGCUGCCUCUACUGUCUCUGGCGUCUCUGCCACCGUCCUGAACGAUGCCUCGAACUUGGCCUUCGACCCCUGCCACUCCUAUGCCUGCGAGAUCUGCGAGAUCAACAACGGUGCCAUGGACAAGUACAUCGGCUCGGGCGGCUGCCCCGGCUCUAGCAACAGCAACUACGCCAUCGCUGACGGCUCCUCCACUGGUGCCAGCCAGUACUGGCAGUGGGCCUCUGAGUAUGCUAUCGCAGACCGUUUCUUCCAGUCUGCCCCCGGUGCCUCUUCCCAGAGCGACAUGUACUUUGCUCGUGGCGCCUGGGUCUUCCAGGACAACACCUACGUCCCCGAUAUUGCUUGGUGCAGCUCCAGCAUCCGCAUGUACAACGAUCCUACCGUCGCCGAUCUCCUGGUUGGAUGCAACGUUGGCUUCCGUUUCUAUGCCGAGGGCUACAAUGCCCCUCGUGUUGCUGGACAGUGCUGGCCCCAGUACUUUGACCCCAGUGAUGUCCCGUUCCUGUACUACAACAGCCUGGCCCACUCCAGCCAGUCCUCGAGCUACUUCCAAGACUUUACCAACUUUGCCUCUGAUGUUGCCAGCGGUAGCCUGCCGGCCGUCACCUUCGUCAAGCCCCUCGGCACUCGCUGCGAGCACCCCGGCACGUCCAGCAUCACCGCCGGCGAGAACUUUAGCCAGGGCAUCAUCGACACCAUCAUGAACUCGUCCAUCUACUCCGAGAAUACUCUCAUCAUCCUUGUUCCGGAUGAGUCUGGCGGUUUCCGCGACAGUGUCGCCCCUCCUCCCCGUAGCGUCGUCGACAACAAGCCCUACGGACCCCGUACUCCCUUCGUCGUCAUCGGUGCCGCUGCCAACAAAAACUUCAUUUCCCACGUCCCUAUGGAGCCCGCCAGUAUCAUCCGCUUCAUCGAGUCCAACUGGCUCGGCGGCUCUCCCGGCCAGCUCCAGACCCGCGAUGCCGUUGUCAACAACAUUGGCAGCCUGCUCAACAUUACUGUCACUGGAUAUAACUUCCCUUAAAUCCGAUCUCGGACACUCUGCGGGGAGAUUACUCUGUUGCCC